AUGGCUAAAAAGACUUACGACUUGUUGUUUAAGCUCUUAUUAAUAGGCGACUCGGGAGUGGGAAAGCAAGAUAUACUCUUCAGGUUCUGCGACGACGCCUUCAACACCACAUUCAACUCAACCAUAGGUAUUGACUUCAAGAUUAAAACCAUUGAAUUGAGAGGAAAACGGAUUAAACUUCAGAUGUGGGAUACGGCCGGACAGGAGAGGUUCCACACGAUAACCACCAGCUAUUACAGGGGAACGAUGGGUAUAAUGUUGGUCUACGACAUCACAAACGCCAACAGCUUUGAUAGUAUCGCCCAAUGGCUUAGAAAUAUCGACGAACACGCCGACAAAGACGUGGAGAAAAUAAUUUUAGGAAAUAAUUGUCAUAUGAAUGACAAACGGAUGGUCACCAGAGAGAGGGGCGAGACCUUCGCCAGGGAUCACAACAUUAGGUUCUUAGAGACGAGUGCGAAGGCCGACAUCAAUAUAGACCGAGCUUUCCUUGAAUUAGCCGAAGCCAUACUCCAUAAGCAAACGGCGGGUCAGAACCCAUCGGAUAGCGCCGACAGAGUAAACGUCUCCUCACAGGACCCCAAAGUGGGCUCAAAGUGUUGUAUAUUAUAA